AGUACAGAUACAACUUUAAUUUGGGUAUAUUAAGUUGUCUUGUUUACUCUCUCAUGUUGCUAAGUACCGUUUUUAGCCAAUUGUUUCAGGGUCCCCCACGUUUCUUAUACCGCGUCUCUCUCUCUGUCUCUCUCACAAAACCGCGACCGUUUCGCGUUGGAGUAACGUUAGGAGUGUCACGCUGGACAAAGGGCAAUGAAUAGCCCGGGGAGUGACGGGGAGGAGUCUAAUAUGAACCCGGAUAUUGUGGUAAUAUCCACUAGUGGGGAUCACGAGGAAAGAGGGAAAACGGUUUCACAACAAAACGCAGAAGAUCAGGUUGACAAAAUCCGGAAGCUUCUUUCAGAGACAGGACGGAAAAGUUCAGAACAAAGUUUACGAAGUACAGUUUCUGCAUUAGAGAGGGUAGGCAGUGCACCUGAGUUGCCAGAACCCCCGCCAGAUGGAGGUUCAGUAGAAUUAGAAGAGGUAGAAGAGGAAGUAAUAAAGCAGACGUGGCAAGAUCUGGCCAGCAAGAUUAUCUAUUUUGACAGAUGGACACGACUCAGUCGGCCCAGAUAUCUGGAUAUUGGUCCGCCACCACGUCAUCACAUGAGAGUUAAUGUGUCCGGCACUGUGUUUGACAUUCCGAGAAGGUGGAUUGACAAGUUUCCAGGAUCACUGUUCUGCAGUCCAGACAUGGGUAAGCUUUAUAACUCGGAACUUGGGGUUUAUUUUGUAGAUCGAAACAGGACUGCUUUCGAGCACAUACUCCAGUACAUGGCAUCCGAUAAGAAGCUCUACCAGUUUCCAGAUUGCAUCCCAUCGGAACUGCUGGAAAUGGAGCUGGAAUAUUACCGGAUUGGCUGGAGGUUCAUAAUCGGAUCCUGUUCAACUGAACCAGUCGACAACUUCCUCAACUUCAGAUCUUACAGAGAGAAAUCUUUCGCUUUCUUCAACUACCCAGAGUCAAGCUUGGCAGCUAAAGUUUACAUGUACAUCGAUUUAGUGUUCAUCUUGGUCUCCAUAGUUGAGUUUAUGCUGUUGACGGACCCGGAAAUAAUCAAGCUUCGAGAAUCUUCCAGCUCUCUUGAACUCCUGAUAUUAACCUUGAAAUGGAUGUGUCUAGUGUUUUUCACGACUGAUAUCAUUUUAAGAUCUAUGGCAAGUUUGGAUAGACUCAAGUUUAUUUUGGACUACACAGUUUGGUUCGAUAUUUUGUCUCUCUUUCCCUUCUAUGCAGACAUUUUCCAUCUUCCAGAGACAGGAAGUGGGGGUUGGAUCCAACUCUUAAAGAUGGCCAGAAUAUCAAGAUGUAUGAAGAUAAUUAGACGCUCUGAGACCCUAUUGAUGAUAAUCAACAUUUUAGUGAGUUGUGGAGCCGAACUUGGUCUACUUGGCUUCGUCUGGCUUUUAGGAGUAAUUGUCUCGGGAACACUACUCUACUUCGCAGAGAACCAGCUCCCGGUGGUCCUCUACAACGACACCAGAGCAGCUUACCACAACAUCUCGACUGAACACUCUAACGGCACAGUUACCUGGGCUGAGACCGAAUGGUUCUACUCCAUAAUGGAGUCAUGUUGGCAAGCCGUGGUCGUCAUAGGGACUGUGGGCUACGGUAACGUUUACCCGGUAUACGCCAUUGGGAAGUUUGCAGCGGCGGGAAUUAUCUUCUUGUCAAGCCUGCUGAUGGCGAUUCCAAUGACUAUCAUCAUCAAGAGGUUCAGUUUGGCGUACGAGCAGCGCGCGCAGGAGACACGUGUGCGUAAAGUGUUCGGCGGGAAGUUCACAGAGGAUGAGAAACACGUGGUGGAGGUGGAAGACAGACAAGUUUCAUCAAAACAGCGCGACACUGCCCGGUGUAUAGAGAGAUACAGGUCGGGCAAAUCAAGGUAUCAGGAUAUAAAACAGUUUGUUAGCAAGAGAUUCCCCUAUCUGGUAACCACGUGAUAUGUUAAUAGUUAACAAACAAACGAACAGACAAACAGUUGAACGCACCUGUGUCGACCUUUCUACAUCCGUACACCUCUCCAAACCCUCCACGACCGAUGAUUCUGUGUAGACUGAAAUCUUCUAUUUUUACCUGUAAUUUACAGUUGGUUUUACUUUUCAGCUUUUGAUUAUCUUGAUGAUUUUUCGCCUAAUUCAAUAGUAUGUAAUCGCUGAUAUGUAUCGUGCAUUGAUGGUUGACAGCUACUUUCAGUUUAUAUUGGGUUUAAAGAUA